CAAAGUCUUCAAUUAAUUUCUCACUUGCUAAUUAUUUUGUGAACAAAAAAAUAAUGGAUCGUUCACUUAAAUAUUCUUGCAUUUUUAUGUGCAUGAAUAUUAUUAUGCUUCUGCCAGCAUUUUCCUACAGCCAAACCUUAGUUUCCAAGGCAUCAUUUUAUAGUACUUCUGAUGGCAUGGGAACACCAUCUGGAACAUGUGGUUAUGGAGACUAUGGUAAAGAUGUGAACAAUGGUGAAGUGUGCACAGCCUCUAGGCGUCUCUACAGAAAUGGAGCUGGUUGUGGUGCAUGCUACCAGGUAAGGUGCAAGAACAAUGCAUUGUGUAGUGAAGAGGGUACAAAAGUUGUGGUGACAGACAGUGCAGAUGGACAAGAAACAGAUUUCAUUCUUAGCUACAAAGCUUAUGCAAAAUUAGCUAAAACUCCAAGUUUGGCAGCUCAUUUAUGUGGAAAAGGGGUUGUUGACAUAGAAUAUAGAAGAGUUUCUUGUGGUUAUGGUGGAAAUCUUAUGGUUAAAAUUCAUGAACAUAGCAAGUAUGCUGAUUAUCUUGCUAUUGUUGUAUUGAACCAAGGUGGUGCAACUGACAUCCAUGCUGUCGAAAUCUACGAGGAAGAGAGUCAACAAUGGAUAUCAAUGAGAAAGGCAUAUGGAGCAGUGUGGGACUUGUCAAGUCCACCAUGUGGAGACCUUAAAGUAAGAUUUUUAACAAGUACAAGUGUUGAAAGCAAAUGGGUACAAUCAGACAAAGCUGUUAUUCCUGCUCAAUGGAAAGUUGGACUUACAAUUGAAACUGACAUUCAGCUCACUUAAUUAAUUAAUAUAUGUACUUAAUACUACUUAAUUUGGGCGAUUUCUUGUUUAAUUAUCUAGCUAAUUUGAAAAAAAAUUAAAUAUGUAUUUCAGUGUUGUACUUUUGGCAUUAAUAGUGGUAACUUGCUAAGUGUUAUAUGUAUGUUUUAUAUUUCUGUUGUCGUCAGAACUAUGAAUAAAAAGUCGCCAUUUGCAUUUUAGUA